AUUUAUCCAACAAGUGAGUCAUUUAGAAGAUUUCGCGUUUGUAUCGAGUAUUUAACUCAGUUUUGCAUCAAUUGCGUCUUAAGCUUCGAUCAAAUUAUCAAAAAAUGUCUAAAAAAGUAUCUGUAGAUGGCAAUAAAUUCAAGCCCAACUUGCCGUUGGAGGAACUUUUAAAAAACUUCGAAGAUACAAUGACCGUUUUGGAUCCCGACGAUGAAGACUUUGAAGAAUUGUGGCAGGAAUUUUCCCAGACGGUAUGUGGUUGCGUCUCGAAAAUCUUAUUCGAUUCAAAAAAUCCCAAAAAAUGUGAAAUGGAUAAAGCCAGUGCUCUUUUGAAGAAAUACAGAGAAGAAGGCUUAUUCAUGAAUCCUACAUUUUACAAUCAAUGGAUAUAUGCCUUCAGAGAUGAGCUUUUAAAAAAGCCAGAAUUGUUGGACUUUUGGAAAAAUGAGGUCGUGGCCAAAGAGCUUGGUCCAUGCUGGGCCAGAGAUUGUGACUUUUUCGAUGAUAGUGAAGAUCCUGAACCUGCAAAUUUCUACAGACAUGCUGGUUGCGAGCCGGCCUGGUUGAAGGAAAAUAAAAAACCAAAUGCACCGCCCCUAAAUCUCAUGGCCAAUACAUGUGCGUCUGGCAUAGACUCUAGCACCUCCACCGAUUCUGGUGUUGCCGCAUCUUUAAAGAAAAUUACCAAGGAGAAUGCCUUAGAGGAUUACAAGCAUAAUAUGGUGGCCCAAAAGAACAUCGAUUAUGAUGAUGAAGAUGCUUUCAAAAAAAUAUUCCAGGAAGCCCGUGAUGUAGUGUGGCAACUAUUAUUUGAGGAGUCCUCACUUACAGCGGAAAAGUCCAAAAUGGCUGCCGCUUUGCUGCAAGAAUACAAAAAGGAUGCCUGCUUCUUCUCGCCCUAUGACUACAACACUUGGAUAGAGAAGGUUCGCGAUGAACUAUUUAAACGCAAAUACUUUGACUUCUGGCAGAUUAUUGUAAAAGAACAACUGGGAUUGUGUUGGUAUAAAGAUUCCGAUUACUUUGAUGAUUCGGAUGAUCCCAAACCUCUGGAGUUCUAUAAGUCCGGCGAUGAAUUAAUGAAAGCACAAAAAAAGUAAUAGAAGUCCAGAAUAUGAAUAUCAAUUGAUGCCUACUUUUCGUUGUUAUACAAUUCAAAAACAAAGCAGUUAAAGGGAGGGAAUAUUUGUUCAUCCUUAAAAUUUCCAGAUUACAAAACUUUACAAAACUAUUGAGAAUUAAUUUUAUAUUGUUUAUUCUUUAUGUUAUAUAUUAAUUGGCCUUAAAAAUUGGAAAUACAAUCGAAUACUCAUCUUUAUAACAUUUAAGUGCAGCUGCAUAUCUAUUGGCUAUAACUAUUUUAUAUGUACAUUAAUAGGAAUGUAGGCCUUAACAAAAAAUAGUUUCACCACGAGCAUAGCUUCGUGAUAUCUAUAUAAAAGUAUUUUUUUAAAAUAUAAACAUGUAACAAAUAA